CAUCUCGUGAAGAUUGAUUAUGAUUCGUCUGACUUUGAUCGCGGGUGCGCACGGUGACGACGUGCCUGGCCUAUUUAAUUCACAGCUCGCGUACGGAUGACCGUAUAUUGCUGUAUAUUGACAGUCUUUCUCCUGGUAUAAAAGCGUCACGGACUCGCGGAUCCUCCGCACUCAAACUAGUGCUCCUAUUGUAUUUCCUGUGCUAUAUUGACUUGGCCUUCAAGCUGUAUCUCCUGGUUCCCACUGUCCUUGUUUCCAACUAGCUGGUCUUGUAUCUUCUCAACUGCCUUGAAGUUGUGUUUUCCCGAGUCCUAAUUCUCUAGACCGUCUCUUGAACGCCAUGCGCCAAUAUCAUCCGACUUCUCCUGCAGGAUCAGGAGCUUUUGCGUCACCUACACGGCAAAACUCAUCUGGAAGUGAUUACAGCAAUUAUAGCGCCACUGUCCCCAACUCCGUACACACGCUCAUCGCAGCAAUGAAAAACCUCCAGUCUACGCUCACUCUAUGGUCUACCUCACGCGCCUCCCCUGAUGCAGUCAGCGACGCCUAUAUGCAAUUUGGAGUCGGCUUCAACGCCGUGGUAUGGGCAUUCGAGAGAUCCGGGGUCAAUACUGCUGAUUUGCAUCAAAUUCCCGCACGGCUACGCGGUGUGCUUGAGAUGUGUCUGGGCGAAGAUGCCUCUCCUGCUGCACUGGAAAUGUAUCAACCACGAAUCCGACAGCACCUAUACGAACUAUUGCAGGGCCUCAAAGCAAAGCAGGGUGCGUGGCGUUACGCUGUAGCUGCAGGGCUUUAGGUUAACAUGACAUGAUCUGCGAUUUUGAU